AUGAGGGCUACACAACGAGAUCCAUGCGACGAAAAUGUGGACAACGAGACAAGUUCGCCGACCAUACCGUACAUCGCGCCUUUGACCGCUCCUUGCACCUCAUUUCCUGCUCCAUCCACCAGUGGAGGGGCCAUUCGGUGGGAAAACAUCAAGCCUUUCCCAAAAAGUGUACCGGCUACCAAGAUGUGGGAGGCGUGGACUCGCUUCCUGGAGGACUUUGAAAUGGCAAUUUCAAUUUCUAACCUCAGUGAUCCAAAACGUCGUGUCGAGCUACUCUUACUGUCCAUGGGUGAUGAGCUAAAGAGUAUUGUGCGAGCGGCAAAACUACGACCAUCCGCGGAUGUUACAAACUGCUACAGUCAAUUUAUCCGUAACAUCGACCAGUAUCUGAAAGCCAUGACAGAUCCGGCAGCUGAGCACGAGGAUUUUUCAAAAAUGUUUCAAGAAGAGGGUGAAUCUGCGGUUAAGUUUCAUGCUCGACUCACUGAGAAAGUGCUCCUGUGUGACUACAGCCCGGAUGAUCAGGAACGGUUUGUACGUACGCAGCUUUUGAGAGGUCUACGGAACCAGGAAAUCAGAAAAGCAGCACGAACAUACGGUCACGACUCUAAUACGAUUGUCCAAGCAGCUACGCGAGCUGAAGCGUUUCAAGCAGAAAUUCCAAUCCCUAGGGCUGAGACGAAUGCCCUAGCCGCAAGUAACAGAGAAUUCCGGAACAUCCAAGGUCAGUACAAACGAGUGCCUACGAUUCAUCAGAUGAGAUAUCCAACGAAGAAGUUCAAGUAUGACAGACCACCAGCAAGUCAGCAGGGAGCGGGCUUAAGUCGUCGCUACAGAUGUCCCAGGUGUUUCAGACCUGUUCACAGAAACGGAGUAUGUCCAGCACUGGGAAAGUUAUGCAAUGCUUGCGGACAGCGAGGCCACUUCGCCGUGGCAUGCCGUGUGGACCAUGUUAACACAGUAAAGGGCGAACAUCCAGAAAUUCCUGUGGAAGAUAACGAAAAUGAGCAGUUUAUCAAUGCUCUAUCCCUUCAAGAUGUUCUUGUGGACUGUCGUAUCGGUUCGUCAUGCCCGAUCAAAUUUCUGAUCGAUAGUGGAGCAGAUGUGAAUGUCGUAGGAGGCGCGGACUGGCAAAAGUUGAAGGAGCAAGUUUCGUUGGGAAAAGCAACACUUGUGCAAAACCCAACUGUGCAUGGCACCAACCUAUGUGCUUAUGCGACGAACAAGCCCAUGCAAGUAAAAUGCAGUUUCCGAGCCACGGUGGAGACAGUCGGGAUAACAAAACCGAUUGUUACGGCCGAUUUUCUAGUCGUAGAAGAAGGUAGAAGGUCCUUGUUAGGCAGAGCCACGGCUGGUGACAUGAACUUAUUGAAGGUAGGAGAAAUGAUAAACACAUGCGAGAAAUCUACAACGUUUCCUAAAAUGCCUGGCGUAAAAAUAAGAUUCAACAUAGAUCGAACUGUCCCUCCAGUUCGGAAUGCAUACUACAACAUCCCAGCCGCCUACCGUGAGGAAGCCCGUCGGCGGCUAGAACAAAUGGAAAAGAGAGGGAUUAUCGAGAGAGUAACGACGGCUCCACAAUGGAUCAGUGGUAUGUCCGCCGUGCCGAAGGGUAACACUGAUUUCCGUUUGGUGGUUAACAUGAGGGCUCCAAACAAAGCCAUCCAGCGGGAGUAUUUCCGGUUACCACUAAUCGAUGAAAUGAAAGUUAAACUGCAUGGUUCUAAGUUUUUUACUAAGCUUGACUUAUCAGAUGCAUUUUAUCAUUUGGAGUUGAGUGAAGAAUCACGUGAAUUAACUACAUUUCUGUCGGAGAACGGAAUGUACCGUUACACACGUCUGAUGUUUGGUGUUAAUUGCGCACCAGAAGUGUUUCAACGCGAGAUGACACGUAUUCUGAAGGAUGUUAAGAAUAAGAUAGUUUAUAUUGAUGACAUCCUACUAUUCGCAGACACUAUCGAGAAACUCAGAACUACAGUAGCACAAGUUCUAAAAAUACUAAGGGCUAAUAACCUUACCCUCAAUGCGUCAAAGUGCGAAUUCGAUCGAACGCGUGUCAGCUUCCUGGGGCACGAAAUGAGCGAAGAUGGUUUCAACAUCGAAGCGUCGAAGGUUAAAGAUAUUCAGCGAUUCCGACAUCCUUCCACGUCCUCGGAACUUCGAAGCUUUCUCGGUCUAGCUUCUUUUAUAAGUCCAUACAUCAAGAACUUUGCAGAAAUAUCGUCACCCUUGUGGUCAGUGUCAACAGCGCUGAAAUGGAGCUGGGGUAAAGAGCAGGAAAACGCUUUCGAGCUCGUGAAGAAAAGCAUUAUCGAUUCAACGACAGCGCUGGGCUUCUUUUCGGAAUUAGACAAAACCAUCCUAUACACCGAUGCAUCCCCUAAUGCAUUAGGUGCCGUGUUGGUGCAAGUGAAUAGCGAAGGUGUUCCACGAAUUAUUAGCUUCGCUUCUAAAUCGCUAACGAUUACCGAGAAAAAGUACGCCCAAAACCAGCGGGAGGCGCUAAGCGCAGUUUGGGCGGUGGAGCAUUUCUCCUACUUUUUGCUAGGCAGGUAUUUUAUUCUGCGGACCGAUGCUCAAGGAAUGACGUUCAUCCUGAAUAGGUCUCGAGAGGAAUCAAAGAGAGCACUUACAAGAGCGGACGGCUGGGCUUUACGUCUGAGCCCUUACAAUUACGAUGUAGAGUACAUUAAAGGACAUGAUAAUAUAGCAGAUCCCUCAUCGCGGCUGUAUUGUGGGGAAGACGAUGCGUUCAACGAAGAGAUAAGCCCAUGGGAAGUCUGCCACUUAGAUCUAAGCACCAUCGAAUUUCUAACGGAAGAAGAGAUUCGAGAGUACACGAAGAAAGAUGACAUCCUAAUGCAGGUGAUUCGUGCCAUGGAGGAGCAAACGUGGCCAAGAAACCUUACACGAUUUAAAUCCUUUGCAAGCGACCUAGCUUUCACCGACGGAAUCCUGGUGAAAAAUGGAUGCAUAGUAAUUCCUCAGCCUCUUCGGGAGAAAACGUUGGAGAUAGCCCAUGCAGGUCACCCGCUUGAAGCCAAAUUGAAGAGCAUUCUACGCAGGCGCGUAUGGUGGCCGGGCAUGACAACCGACGCAGAAAACUGGGUGAAGUCUUGUGCUAUCUGUGCUGUAAAUGGCCGUCCAGAGCGGCCACCUCCGAUGCGAAGAGCCUUUGCCCCGAAGGGUGUAUGGGAAACUAUUGCAAUCGACUUCAACGGGCCUUAUCUGAAACUGGGAGGCAUAUUAAUCCUGGUAGUGAUCGACCUCAGAUCCAGGUAUGCGAUUGCACGCCCCGUGAAGUCAACGAAAUUCGAGCACACCAAAGCAGUGCUGGACUCGAUCUUUGAAAGAGAAGGUUUCCCAAGAGCAAUAAAGUCCGACAAUGGUCCGCCAUUUAACGGCGAGGACUAUGCAAAAUAUUGCGCCGAACGAGGUAUUAAAACAAUAUUUUCAACACCCUUCUAUCCUCAACAGAACGGCUUGGUAGAAGGUUUUAUGAAAGUUAUAAAUAAAGCCAUGUCUGCCGCAUUAUCAACAGAAGCGAACUACCAAAAGGAGUUGCAAGCAGCAGUACAAGCAUACAAUGCGGCAGAUCACAGCAUUACCAAAAUGCCUCCAGAGGAAGUGCUAUCAGGUCGAAAAAUUAAGCGAGGCUUGCCGCUUCUGAAUUAUGGUAGGACUGGUCAUGAUGAACAGCUGUUGGACAAAAGGGAUCGUGAUGCAAAAAUAGUAUCCAAAGGGCGAGAGGAUGUUCGGCGUGGAGCUAGAGCCAGCCAAGUCAAGCCAGGGGAUACGGUGAUCGUCGAACGCCAUUCACGUGCUAAAGGUGAGAGUAGGUUCAGUUCGAAACGCUACACAGUGAUAGAGGAACAUAACGGUAGCUUGGUUUUAUGCGAUGCAGAUGGCCAGCAGCUCAAGCGACAUGUUUCACAAACUAAAACGGUCCGAGAGUGGCGUGGAACGACAUCGUCGGACGGGCGUGGAACUACAUCUUCAAGAGAGCGUGGAAUUACAUCGUCGGAGGUCACAAGUAAUGAUCAAGAUCUAGAACUCUCCGGUGAUAACCGUCGCAAAAGACCACAAAGAGAAAAACGUCCUCCAAACUACCUGUCCGAUUUUGCACUAACGAUUGAAAAAACUUUGAGCAGUGAAUGA